GCCGCCAUGAUGCUGCACCUGAUCCUACUCAUCACUGCUGUCUGCACCACCGUCUGUAGAACAUCGCAGGACACAAAGCACCAGAUGCUGUGUAAAAUCAGGGAAUCAUGCCAGGACACUGAAUUUCUGUCUCGUGAGAUCGAGGACCAAACUGACAACGACAGUCCCGAGAAGCCAGACAAUGUGGACAGCCAGACAGCCCACACCGACCCGGCUCCACCGGCCUUAAGCAAGCGCGGAAAUUACUUUUCCGACUGUUCUGAGAUUCACACAGCCCAAACUCUGUAUCAUACCGUGUCUAGUGGUGUACACAAAAUAUUGCCUGUAGGUCUGUCCAGCCCGAUCUCUGUAUACUGUGAUCAGACCACAGAUGGGGGAGGGUGGACGGUCAUACAGAGGAGGUUUGACGGGUCUGUCGACUUUAACCGUCCUUAUGGCGACUUUAAGUACGGGUUUGGGUCAGCCAACGGGGAGCAUUGGCUAGGUUUGGAGAACAUGUACCGUUUAACCAAUCAGCACACGUAUACGCUGAACGUACAGUUGGAAGAUUGGAAUAGUGUGGUCAAGUACGCAAAGUAUUCGUCAUUCUCGGUGGGGAGUAGUUCCAACUAUCGUCUUUCUGUUAGUGGGUACAGUGGGAACGCUGGGGAUGGGCUCUCCUACCAUUCGGGCCAGGCCUUCAGUGCUAGGGAUGUAGACCGUGAUACAUGGUCCAGCGGGUCCUGUGCUGGUGGUCGCAGUGACUACACGGGAGGGUGGUGGUACAAGUCCUGCGCUUAUUCUGCCCUGAACGGCCCGUACCUCCGCCUCUCUGACCGUACCGGUAACAGUGGCUAUGGUAUCUCUUGGUACUAUUUUCGAGGCUCCUAUUCGCACUAUCUGAAAAAGUCCAAAAUGAUGGUCCGUCCGGCCAACUUCAAAACGUAAGUUGCCGGACACUAACCCAGCUGACAGGUCGAGGAUUCAAAUUGUUUGAUAAAAACCAUAAUCCAGCACUCACUCUGUAUCCAUUUUCUUUAAAUAGGUCAAAUCUUUCAAGUUACUUAUUUGGUUACCUCGGACUCUCGAUACAGGAAAUUUACACAUACAUACAUACAUACACGCAUGCAUACAUACAUAGUUUACAUACAUACAUACAUACAUACAUAAUACUCGGAGAGUUGAAGCAUCUAUAUAGUUCAGCUUCCAGCGUUUUCUAUCGUACAUCAUUUCCGUAAUAAGUUCUUUUCCAUACCAGUCUCUAACCCAAUAAUGUCAUUUAGUGUAGACUGUAGAGUUUGGACGACCUCUUCUCAUCUUCCGGAGACCAAAUAAGCGGUUUCCACCCGGUUCGCCAUGCCUAGUAACAUGGCCGGCUAGACUUAACCUACGUCGCUUGACUACUGUAGAGAUUGGUGGAAGGGAGCCGUAGAGUUGUUUAUUAUUUGUAGAUUUCCACCAAGGUUUGUUCUGUAUGAACUGUAGCAUCUUUGAUAAAGGUACCAUCCAGUUUUCUGACCUGUGAAGCAUUCAUACUCCACGACUCGCAGCCGUAUAACAACAUUGAAACAACAAAGGCUUGAAACACUUUGGUUUUUGUUUCCUCCCUGACCCGUGAUUUUCAGACUCUUUUGAGAGAACGUAUGGCACUCCAAGCCUGACUAAUUCUAACCUCCAUUUCCUGUUUGAAAUCUUUACCCCCCCCCCAAAUAUCUGACGUCAGUGACCCUUUCAAUUGUAGAUCCGUCAGAAGUAUAGAGUUGUUCCGAGGAUUUGGGAUUUAAAUGGAUGGAUUUAGUUUUUGAUGCAUUGAAAUACAGCACAAUGGUUUGACAUGCAGUUUUGACUCUGUAGAGCAGGUCUUGUACAAGUUGUAUUGUGUCCUUGAGAAGACCAAUAUCAUCCGCAAAAUCAAGGUUAAGGAGGGUCUCUACCGGGUAGCGACUACUACGACGGUGAUGCAGGGUGAGACCAUCAGU